AUGGCUACCGACGUCGCACUCGACACUACAAUCGGCACUAUUGUCGUCGAACUCUACAACGACCAUGCGCCCAAGACGUGCAAGAACUUCUCGACGCUCGCGCAGCGCAACUACUUCAACGGCCUCAUAUUCCACCGUAUAAUACCAAACUUUAUGAUUCAAGGUGGCGACCCCACAGGAACGGGUCGUGGUGGCGAAUCCAUCUAUGGCGAAAAGUUCGAGGAUGAGAUAUCACCGCAGCUCAAGCAUACCGGCGCUGGGAUUCUCAGCAUGGCCAACUCGGGGCCCAACACAAACGGAUCUCAAUUCUUCAUUACCCUCGCGCCUACGCCAUGGUUGGACGGCAAGCACACCAUCUUCGGAAGGGUCAAGAGCGGCAUGCAGGUUGUGAAGAAGCUCGGCUUGGUCAAGACAGACAAGGAGGAUCGCCCGGUAGAGGAAGUCAAAAUCGUGAGGGCAUACCUGGUCGACGACAACGCUCAAGCGCUGCAACGCUACUAG